CUAAUGCUUCUACCCUAUAUGGAGCCAGUAACAAUUUAGGGAUCUAAAUAAUGCCAUUCAGGGACCCUUAUGACAUCAUUUGGGAUUUAAGAAGAAAUGUUAUGCUUUAUGAACUUCUGAAUGAGGAAUGUUCACUGAAUCAAAGGGAUACUUCUCCCAGGUGUCUGAAGAAGAACAUCACAUCUGAAUCUUGGGGACUGGUACCCUGAGAUAGAGAGGGGGGGAGGAUUCCUGGGCAGGGAUCAAAGUUCCUCAAAGCAGCCUGAUCCCAAGGAGAAAAUGAUGGCCAGCGAGUCUCAGGGAAUCCAGCAACUCUUGCAAGCAGAAAAACGAGCCAAAGAUAAGGUGGACGAAGCCAAGAAGAGAAAAGGUAAAAGACUAAAACAAGCAAAAGAAGAAGCGAUGGCUGAAGUAGAACAAUAUAGGAUGCAGAAAGAAAAGGAAUUUCGGGAAAAACAAUCUUUGAUAAUGGGUUCCCAAAGCAACCUCUCAGUUGAAAUAGAUGAACAGACAGUAGGACAGAUUCAGAACCUCACUGGUAACUACAAGGAGAGCUUAGAAAAUGUGAUGAAACAACUUCUGGGCAUGGUUUGUGACCUGAAACCUGAAAUCAAUAAGAACUACAGAAUCACAAAUUAA